CGGGACAACUCAUUCGUCUAUAAAUUUCGAUUUCAUUCGCACUAUCUGCUCAAAUGUAAUCGUCGGCUGAUAACGAUUUGAUAAAUGCUCUCGAAAAGUGUCACAGAAGUCGGAAUGAGUAUAACAUUUGAUGUGCUAUAAUGUGUUAACAGUUGCAAUUGUGUAAUUGAUUUGAAGAUCAUGCAAACGAUUUGCCUUGCUUGAAUUCAGCCGGACACAAAUCUAUAUAAUCGUUUUCAUAAAUCCAAAUAAAAUAUUGUCAAUUCAGUUAAGUUAUUUAUCAUUUCACUAAACACAAUAAGCACUUCAACUCAGUUGAUUGAGGCUUACCAAAAUUUUGUGCUGAGAAGCAAGAAACACAGUACUACUGUGACAUCAGUGUAAACAUUCACAAUGAAAGUGUCUUCGUCGUGAAAAUGGAGAAUAAUUUUGUUCAUAUCGUUUAGACGUAAAUCAGAUUACAAGAUAUAGCUGAACGAAAUAAUGUUUUUUUUGGACGACGGUCGACUUUCCAAAUUUCAUACAAAAUUUUGUACUACUUUGUUGUGAUUAUUUCCGGUAUAAGUGUGAAUAGCAUCUAUCAAAACUAGUUAGGGAUACGGGCUAUGAAAAAUAUUGGAAACGGCUUGAAAGAAAUAAAAAAUAUAUCAUCAAAGUCAAAAUCAACGACGUGUUUGACAUCCUUUGGUUUUGCUGUUAUAUGCAAGUAAACAGGGGAAAAAGAGAGCGAACGAAAGUAAGAGAGAAAGAGAAAGUAAAAAUGCGAUGCAUUUGCAACAGAUAUCACAAUUUCUUGCUUUUGUACCGCUUUAUUUUUCUUUCUUUCAAAAAUGCUGCACACAUGCACUGCUGCAUACAAAGUAAAAAUACACGCCGCUUUAUUAUGAGUAAUCGCGAAUGUGUUUGCCCACGGGUAUAAGCAUUCAAAAUGUAUAGUUGUUUUGUACUUAAAAAGAAAUAAGUGGAAAAAAGAGCAAGUAAGCUAGAGAAACAACAGAAAACGAAAAAAAAGUCACAUAGAGAUUUAAUUAUGUACACAGACUUACCGUUAUUCAAUCAAAUACGUUUCAAUUUGUUUGCUCACUUCAAAACCACCACCAAUCAAAGCAACAACAUUCUACAUUUAAAACGAAAAAGAAGAAGAAAAAAAAAACACUGAAAGACGUAAGCAGAUUUCUCUGGCUUUGAUAGUGUUUCAUUUAGAUUGCUAAUCGUGAAAAUAUAAGAAGUGCACCUAAGCGCUAACAGCAAUGAGUUUUAAUUCGAUAAUUGAGCCACAGCCAAAGCACAGAACUAUUCGAAAUGCCUAUAAACGGAUCAAGUUACCAAAGUUAAAGUUACGACUUGGCAUCGGCUCGUGUAUAUCAGGACAUGGCGAAGGACGACAUGAUGCAUAUGGCCACGAGAAACAGUUGGAGACCGUUCACUAUACAACAAAUUCAGCUGAUAUAUCGCCAGCAUCGUAUACACGACAAAUUACCUCAAACAAUGUUCAUCAACAGAACGUUUCAAUUGAGGAAGUGCAUGAACAAAUUCAUAUUACAGAAACGACACGAAGCGUACCAAAGCGAACGCAUCAACAUCAAGAUGAUCGCAAUGAAAGUGUUGAAACUGGUUCGAAAUCUUUGCCAUCCGACAUUUAUAGCGCUGAAAUUGAUCAACUUUCGUUGGCAAAUCGCAAUCUAAGCGACCAACUGCAAAGUGUACGAAAUCAAUUGAGCGAUAAUUUGACUCGUGUUCGCGAUUUUGAGGAACGUGUAAAACAAAUUCCAAAACUUCAACUCGAAUUGUCUGUGGAAAAAGCGGAAAACCGUGAUUUGCAUUUAAAACUGAAAGCACUUCAAAAUGCGCUCGAACGAAAGGAGCAACAUGAAUUACGGAUGGCAGCUGAAAUGGCUGAAAAAACAAAAAUGGAUUCAUCAACAGCCGCCAAAUUAGAUAAACAUAUUGCAAGGAAGAACCACCAUAUAUGCGCUACGUCAUUGGAAAGCCUCAACAUCCGAUUUCAAAAUAGCUCUUCUAGUCUAAACGAGUCACAACAAUUACAUACUAAUACUGGAGUUUCCUCAAGCAGUAUUCAAACGUCAACACAAAAUGUGGGCUGCAUGACGAAUAAAACGUUGUCAAGAGAUGUUGGCGUUGUAACAAUUCCAGUGCUGAUUCCUACACGAACCAUGGCCAUAAACACAGAUAUUAGUGCAAAGAAUCCAUUUGACGAAACACAGAAAAAACCAAUUUUAAAGAGUGUCAGUGUUCAAAGUGAACAUGAGCCUAGAACGUUGACAAAAAGUGCAGCAACGAUUACCGAUCGCGAACCAUCACCACCGCGACCACCUGAAAAGCAUUCAGUGGCUGUGUUGGCAAUACCGAAUGUUUGUAACAGUUCUUGUAUGGCUCGACCUGAAGUCCGAUCAAUUGGUCUUGAUAACAUAUAUGAGAAAAUUCGGACACGUUCAUUUGGAACGGAUCCAAUUAAGCAAUUAGAAGAGAAACAAAGCGAUUCACCCAUAUCACUUAAACUGUUAGAUGCUCCCAAAUCAAAUAUUACCCCAUUGACCUCAUCGCGUGAAACUGGUUUGAAAUUACCGGAAAUUCCAAAAGAAUUUCGAUCGAUUGGCGUUCAACAGUCUCCAAAUGUUGAAAAUAAAUUCAGUCAAUGUGUGGAAAAACUGGUUGAACCACCACCACUCACAACACCGCCGAAAGUCCAAACACAAACUGGAUCAACUGAUACGAGUGACUUGACACUACACAUUCAUCGCGGGGUAAACACAGAUGCAUUACUACCGAAAAAACAUCGUCUAACUAAUACCGAUCAAAUUUUGACGGAUAACAAAUCAACAAAUACCGACCGAUAUGCGACAGUCAAGGAGACAACAAAAGCCGAAAGUAGCGAAAAUGUGAGCAAAUCAACGCUGUUAAAUGAGCACCAAUGUCAUAAUUGCCUUGCAAAAAUCGAGAUCAAACAGAGGACGAUUAUUAAAAAUCCGAAUAAAAUUGAAAAUGUGCCGAGUAAUAUUAGUACAACUGCAUCAAUGACAAAAACAACAACCGAAACGACAACAACCGAAACCACAUCAACCAAUGAAACUAUCAACGAAGAAAUGUCGAGCACAACACAGUCAUCUGAUUUACAGUCACGCAUUCCCCGACCUACAGCACUAAUAAGUCCACGAUCCGAGAAAAAGUUCACAAGACAAAAUACAUACACCAUUCCAUCUUCGCCCAUAUCAUCGUCACAGCUGGCCGCUUUUCAAUAUACCGAUGCAUCGGUUUCACAAUGUCCAGCUGAAGCUUAUUUAAUCAGUUCGUGCGGUGGAACGUCAACAUCAACAACAUCCACCGUGAAGGCAAACACUACUCAAACUCAUUCAAAUAUCAGCCAAACAUCAACAUAUCGAAGUCAUGAUAUCGAGAAUAGAAGUUCAGACGAAACUACGGCAGUCAAUGAUUCGACAAAGGCACACGAUGCAGCUGUAACAGGUGCAAGUGGCAAAACGACAACAGCGUACAACACCGACGACGAUGAGUCACUCUGGAGUCGCUCAAUGAAGUCAUCAUCCACUUACUCGCAACUGGCCUCUUCAGUAAAACCAAGACACAAAGUAACUCCAUCGAAAGAGAUGCAGGCUGCCCUUAAAGUGAUCAAUGACAAAGUUAGCAAUGAAUCAUUGCCGAAGGGACAACACCUAGCAACAACACUGAAAAAUGCCAACAAAAUUGUACAAAAAGAAUGGUUUCGAAUAUCAAGCACGGAAAAUGCUCAGCCGUUUGAGGUCGAAGAUUAUUUGGAUUGUUUCGAAGAGUAUUCACCGAAUUUGCUAAAAUACAUAGUGAAUUCGACCGAUGCGAACGGCAACACAGCAAUGCAUUAUGCGGUUUCGCAUGGGAAUUUCGACGUGGUUUCGAUAUUAUUAGACUCAAAAGUUUGCGACAUAAAUGCUACAAAUAAUGCUGGAUAUACUUGUGUGAUGCUGGUUUCAUUGGCCAAAUUAGAUGUGGCCGAACAUCAAACGGUUGUUCAGCGCCUAUUCCAAAUGUCCGAUGUAAAUGUUCGAGCCAAAAAGCAUAGCCAAACAGCGUUGAUGCUGGCUACGUCACACGGAAACUAUAACAUGGUUCGCAUGCUACUCGAUGCUGGUGCCGACAUCAAUAUUCAAGACGAAGAUGGAAGCACGGCUUUGAUGUGUGCGGCUGAGCACGGUCGCAUGGAAAUUAUCAAAAUUCUACUUGCACAAAGCGAAUGUGACUCAACGGUUCAAGACUUGGAUGGAUCAACGGCACUAAAAAUUUCAUUGGAAGCUGGCUAUCGAGACAUUGGAGUGCUUUUAUAUGCCCAUGAAUACAUGACUAAAAAUAAGUCACCAUAUACAUCGUUACGAAGUGGUGGUCGAAGUCGUAAGCAUUCAUCAUCUUUGACAUCGUCCACAAAUGCUUUGCAUGGUCAUGUUUCAAGCAACACUAACAUUGUUGGUACAACAAAUUCAUCUGAAGUAUCUAACGUUGAAAACAUCGUAACCAUUCAAUCUAAACGCUUCCCGAGAAACAAUAUGUUGUGUACAUGGUUGAAAAAAGAACGAAAGAACACCAUAACGGUUCUGUGUGGUAGUGUAUAAUUGUCAUAUUUAUCUGUGAAGUGUGUUUGAAGUUACCCCCAACCAACCCAUGAAAAUUCAUGUGUGUGUAUUUUUUUCUCGUGAUUAUGUGAUUAAAUUUAUCCAGUGAGUUCACUUAGAAAAAAAAAGUUUUACCAAAUAUUUGGAAGGGUGUUUUUAGCGCAGAAUAAAAAGAAAAAUCUGAGAAAAUCGAAUUAUUAAAUCCAAUAAACGGAAGGAAAUUUAUUCCAUUUCUCGUGUUGAUUUGUAAAUUAAAUGUGAUCCCAUAGAGUGCACACCAUUUUGACACCAGUUCACCAAACACACAACAAACACCAAAAAGGCCCAAGGCUGUUCGACCAAUUUUUGUUACCGAGAAAAAGAGACGCCACAGGAACCCAACUCAAUAUACAAAGAAAAA